UGAAACAGCUGUAACAGAGGCGGUUUAGAACAAAAGGAGAAUAUAUAUAAAUAAAUAUAUAUAAAUAUAAAGGUGAUAGUAAAUGAUAUCCAUAAAAUAUCCACCUUUAAUUACGGUUCAUGCUGGUCGCUAACCCACCGCCCUGUUAUGGUAAAAUAGUACGAGAAGACACCGGGAUUCAGGUUGAGUACAGUUAACUAAAGUGUCUUAACUACUUUUUAGUAUAUCUAUUAAGUAAAUGUAGGAUACAUUUGUUCGCGGAAUAGUUUAACUGUAAAUGACAAUACUCUUCGAUGUGUACAUCUUAAUGUAGACAUUCAUUUAGCGGUAAUCCCUACCUGGCCAUAGUGAGCAGCCCAGUGUAAGGGGCUCCAUCCGUAGCACGGGUCCUCAGCAGUCAGAGGAGCUGGGUCUGAGAGCUGCUGGAACAGGGACACCAAAGCAUCAACGUCUCCAUCCCUGCAAGCACGGUGGACGGGAAACCGGCUGAUAAAGCCUUCUUCAUUGGAGAAGUCCGCGUGUAGUCCCCCAGACAUUGGUGAAGUAUAAAAGUGGCUUUCCCCAGUGUUCCCCGUCCCUCGGAGCAGACUAAAGAGGUUGAAACACAAAGAAAGAGGAGAUAACGUUAAGCUGCUCUCCGGGGCGGGGGAGCCACAAAACCCGGACUGGAGUCUGACAGUGUGACGGAGAACACGGAGGCAUCUGAUGGGAAAGUGGACAGCAGAAGUAAAAGAAAACAACACCAACCACAAGAUGGCGUCGUCAUUGGGCGGGAAGUCUCCGUCUCUGAGUCAUGGCGCAAAGAAAAAGGCGAGGAAACAGGAUGGUUUCGUCAGAGUGAGAAAAAGUGAUUUGGAAAAGUUGUCCACAGAAGUCAUGCAGCUGAGGGAGUUCCUGCCCAGAGUCCUGAACCGGGACCUGAUUGAGAUGCUGCAUAAAGCUCGGGCAGUCCACACAAUGAAGGAGCACCUUCUGCAGGAGCAGGAGCAGCAGCAACAGGACUGUGUGCACCUCCAGGCCCGGUUGGAGGCAGUGCAGACUGAAUGUCAGAAAGAGAGAGAGGAGAAGCUGCUGUUGCGGGAGCAGCUGUGGCAGGGUGGAGAAGAGCUGCAGCAGCAGGCAGACUUCUGCUCUGCUCUGGGAUCAGCAGCCUGCAGUCUGCUGUGGAGCUGCUCUUCCGGAGCGGACACGGUCACACGCUGGCUGGCUGAUGGGAAGCUGCAGUCCUUCCUGGCUGUAUCUGCUCAGACUCUGGAAAGCUUCGUCAGGUCUCUUGACGAAGACGAGAAGACUCAGACCGAGGACCAUAACUCCCAUGAGCACCAGUUUGUGCUUGCUCUGGCUGGAACGAUUACCAACAUCGCAGCAGUGACGUGUGGGCGGGACUUCCUCUCCACCUCGGCUCAGGACCUGUUGGACACUCUGAUGAUGAUGCUGGAGCUGAUGAAGCCGGGGGUCUUCCCCAAACUCAAAGUGCUGAUGCUGAUGGCUCUGUAUAAUGUCAGUAUCAGUGUGAGGGGACUGAAGUGCCUCAGUGACAACCCAGGACUCCUGCCGCUCAUCUGCACCCUGCUGGACGACGGAGACUGGGAGGUGUGCCUCCACUCUGUGCGUCUCCUGCAGUCGGUGCUGCUGGAAGAGGAGUUGCUGCUCCUGCUGGCCCCCUCCCUGCUGGACCCCCGGCUGCAGGCUGCUGUGAGCCGGCUGACCUCCAGCGUGCAGCCGCGCCUCAGACUGGCCGCCCAGCAGACCCUGGAGGACCUACAGACCCUCCAACAGAGCCGGGGAGGUAAGCAGAGUGGUGUCUUCGGUCCUCCUGCUGUCUGACCGCCCUGCACCUCGUCAGUGUGUCAGUGCAGUCAGCAGAGAAUAUACAGUUCGUAGUUUUAUUGUACAUUUCAUUAUCAAAGUGAGAGGAGCCUUUUAUUUUCUGAACGGUAACUCCUUUUUUUACUUGCACUGUUCUCUGUUAAGCUUUCAGUAUUGUUCAUUACUGUGUCUGUGUUGGUGAGGUUGACACAUUAAAGAGUCACACUUUCAGAGCGCUGUCUCUCUUUUCAUUAAAGCAUCCUCUGAGACAUUUCUAAGAUCAAUACCAGGAUAUAUUUUGGUGAGGCAGAUAUGUGCAUCAUGACAUUGGUUAAAGUCCUAACCGAGUUACCAAGAAUAGAGCCACACAGGGUACCUUUGUGACGUAUACAGCUUUAUUGUAUGUUUAUGGACUUCUCAUAUCAGUGAG